CUCCAGUGAGAUUGAGAGGGGGCAACACUUCUGAUCAGAGGCUCAACAGCGCAGGGUAGUUUCUUCAGAGGAGCGAAGAGGAGUGGAGAGGAAGAGUGCGCGAGAGAGGGUUCCCCAUCCUUCACAGAAACUGGAGGAAUCCACACUCUAAAACUAAUGGCUGCUUGAGAAAAUAAUAAUUUCCCCCCUCUCUCUUUCUCUGGGACCUUUGGCUACUAGUUCUCUCCUAAUCAGAAAUUGUCACAAGUCUUUUUUUCAGUUGCUCUUGAAAAAUUUAUCCGCCUUUGCCGUGGACGUCACUGGCGACCAUGGAUACCCAUAUAAGAUGGAAAGUAAAACGGAGGAUAAAGGACGCGCAAAUCACUUUAGCAAUAGUUCUACUUUUUGUCACAUCGCAAGCCAGUUCAGUGGAGCCAGCGGACCUCUUGAAGAUUUUAGAUUUCCCCAGUUUACCUGAGGGCGUUACGAAAACGACAGGUUUCUGCGCGCACAGGAAGUCAACGAAAGGCGCCGAUGUGGCCUACAGAGUAUCCAAAGAAGCCCAGCUCAGCGCCCCCACCAAACAACUGUACCCUGCUGAUGUGUUCCCUGAGGACUUCUCCAUCCUGGCUACGGUGAAGCCUAAGAAGGGCUCCCAGUCCUUCCUCUUGUCUGUGUAUAACGAGCAGGGCAUCCAGCAGCUGGGGGUAGAGGUGGGACGCUCCCCUGUCUUCCUGUAUGAGGACCACACAGGCAAACCCAGCCCAGAGGACUACCCCCUCUUCAGAGGACUCAACCUGGCUGAUGGAAAGUGGCACCGAGUGGCCAUCAGCGUUCACAAACAGAGCAUCACCAUCAUCCUGGACUGUAAAAAGAAGACCACCCAGAAACUGUCCAGGAGCCCACACCCCAUCAUCGACACCAAAGGAAUUGUGGUCUUCGGAACUAGAAUACUCGAUGAGGAAGUCUUUGAGGGAGACAUCCAGCAGCUGAUGAUUGUAGCCGAUCACCGUGCUGCCUAUGAUUACUGCGAGCACUACAGCCCCGACUGUGAGGUCCCUGUCCCAGAGCGGCCCCAGGCACAGGACCCCAACACAGACGAAUACAACACAGAGGAGGACAGCUAUUACUAUGAGUAUCCUUACUAUGAGGACAUGGAUGGGAAGCCUUCUGAGACUGAGACGGACGAAGCAGCUGGACCUGCCACGGAAGACGUAAAGGUGUCCGUGCCAGAGAGCGGCCGUGUCGUCACCUCCGUCAAAGAGGUGGUGUCAUCAGUAAGGGAGACAGAGAGUCAGGGAGCCGAGGGCAAAGUGUUGACCAGUACCGCCAACGCUGAAGCCGCCGCUGCUGCUGGAGCUGGGGAGGAUACCAGCCGCUACGACAACUACGAUACGGAAAGUUACGGCAACUACGAGACGUACUACGACGAGUCCACGGCCCUGCCCGACGUCAGUCGCAGGGUCACCAUCAGCAGUAGCAGCAUGGGGACGGGCGCAGGGGUGGCGCUGGACUUGGGGUCAAAGGUUGACCUGGGCACGGGCGCGGAGAUUGAGAAGGUCAUCACCACUAGUGGAGGAGUCACCAGGACAAGCAACAAGACCUCAUUAGCAACAGCCUACGAUGAGAACUAUGGCGAGGGCUAUGACCUGUCCUAUGGCGAGGGAGUGGAGGAUGAGUACGGAGUCGGCGGAGGUGGCCACGGCAGCAGAACCAGCAGCAGCCGUACUGUUGAGAUCGGCGCUGGCGGGGGAUCCGUAUCAGUCGGGGGCAGUUCUGUUUCUGCUGGGGGCGGUUCUGUCUCUGUGGGUGGAUCUGCCAGCGCCGGAGGCGGGGCGGCGAGCGCCGGAGGCGGGGGAGCUGGAGCCGGAGGCGGGGGAGCUGGAGCCGGAGGCGGGGGAGCUGGAGCCGGAGGCGGGGGAGCUGGAGGCUGGGGAACUGGAGGCGGGGGAGCCGGAGGCGGGGGAGCUGGAUUCGGAGGCGGAGGAGCUGGAGCCGGGGGAGCUGGAGGCGGGGGAGCUGGAUUCGGAGGCGGAGGAGCUGGAGCCGGGGGAGCUGGAGGCGGGGGAGCUGGAGCCGGAGCCGGGGGUUCCGUUGCUAGGGGAGCAGGGGGCCAGGGUGUGGAUAUUGAGGGAGAUUACACUGAUCUGGAGGGUGUUGGGUUUAAGGAGGAGUCCAUCUCUGAGUACGGGGAAGAAGAUUAUGGCUAUGGAGACCCGGACUACGAUGGACAGGGGGAAAAGGUGCUGCCGGCAGAGACAGACGAAUACUAUGGACAGGUUGAUGGGUCUCGAGGAGAGAAAGGACAGAAGGGAGAGCCUGCUAUCAUUGAGCCUGGAAUGCUGGUGGAGGGUCCACCCGGGUCUGAAGGCCCAACAGGUCUCCCUGGACCCCCAGGUUCCUCCGGCCCCCCGGGCAGCGCCGGAGAUGCAGGAGAGAGGGGUCCGAAUGGUCGUGCAGGUCUUCCUGGUGCGGAUGGUCUGCCAGGACCUCCAGGGACUGUCCUCAUGCUGCCUUUCCGGUUCAGUUCUGGAGGAGACUCUGGACAGAAGGGACCUCAGGUGUCUGCUCAGGAGGCUCAGAUGCAAGCCAUCAUGCAACAGGCCAGGCUUGCGAUGCGUGGUCCUACUGGCCCUAUGGGUUUGACUGGUAGAUCUGGUCCUCUGGGUUCUCCAGGUGUGUCUGGACUGAAGGGAGAUUCUGGAGAGACCGGUCCUCAGGGACCUCGUGGACCAAUGGGUUCUCAUGGACCCCUUGGGAAGCCUGGUAGAAGGGGACGCGCUGGAUCUGACGGAGCCAGAGGCAUGCCUGGUCAGACUGGAACCAAGGGAGACAGAGGGUUCGAUGGUUUAGCCGGACUUCCUGGUGAGAAGGGACACAGAGGCGAAUCUGGUCCCCAUGGACCUCCCGGACCCACAGGAGAGGAUGGAGAACGAGGAGACGAUGGAGAGAUUGGGCCACGUGGUCUGCCUGGUGAGCCAGGACCUCGUGGUUUGCUGGGACCAAAGGGACCUCAGGGACCUCCCGGACAACUUGGUGUGACUGGAAUGGAUGGCCACCCUGGACCCAAAGGAAACAUUGGACCCCAAGGAGAGCCUGGCCCCAGCGGACAGCAAGGAAACCCAGGUGCUCAGGGACUUCCAGGUCCUCAGGGAGCCAUCGGGCCCCCUGGAGAUAAGGGUCCUACCGGAAAGCCAGGACUGCCAGGAAUGCCCGGAGCUGACGGACCCCCGGGUCACCCAGGAAAGGAAGGACCCAACGGAGAGAAAGGACAUUUGGGUCCCACUGGCUCUCAAGGCCCAAUCGGUUAUCCCGGUCCCCGAGGCGUGAAGGGAGCCGAUGGUGUACGAGGCCUGAAAGGAGGAAAGGGUGAAAAGGGAGAAGAUGGAUUCCCUGGCUUCAAGGGAGAUAUGGGAAUCAAGGGUGACAGGGGUGAGCUGGGACCUGCAGGACCCAGAGGAGAGGACGGACCUGAGGGGCCCAAGGGUCGCUCCGGUCUCCCUGGAGAUGCUGGCCCUCUCGGACCCAACGGCGAAAAGGGCAAACUGGGCGUUCCAGGGUUGCCAGGAUACCCCGGAAGACAAGGGCCAAAGGGAUCUCAGGGAUUCCAAGGUUUCCCCGGAGCCAACGGAGAGAAAGGAGCAAGGGGACUUGCAGGGAAGGCUGGCCCAAGAGGACAGAGAGGACCAACGGGGCCUCGUGGAGAGAGGGGACCAAGGGGACCAACAGGAAAAGCUGGACCAAAGGGUACCUCAGGAAGUGACGGCCCUCCAGGACCUCCCGGUGAGAGGGGUCUUCCAGGGCCUCAGGGACCAACAGGAUUCCCCGGACCAAAGGGCCCACCCGGCCCCGCUGGGAAAGAUGGUCUGCCCGGACACCCUGGACAGAGAGGAGAGACUGGUUUCCAAGGCAAGACUGGCCCACCUGGACCCCCAGGAGUGGUCGGACCUCAGGGCCCCACAGGUGAGACGGGUCCAAUGGGAGAACGUGGCCACCCCGGACCCCCAGGCCCACCCGGUGAGCAGGGUCUUCCUGGUUCUGCUGGUAAAGAGGGAGCUAAGGGUGACCCAGGUCCCGCUGGCCCGGCUGGUAAGGACGGUCCCCCUGGUCUGAGAGGGUUCCCAGGAGAGAGAGGUCUACCCGGACCAGUGGGGGCUCACGGCCUGAAAGGGAGCGAAGGCCCCAACGGCCCACCUGGGCCUGCUGGUUCCCCUGGUGAGCGUGGUCCUGCUGGCACAGCGGGACCCACCGGACUCCCCGGACGACCAGGACCUCAGGGACCCCCAGGACCCGCAGGAGAGAAGGGUGGACCGGGAGAGAAAGGACCACAAGGCCCCGCUGGUAGAGACGGUGUCCAGGGACCGGUGGGUCUGCCUGGCCCCGCUGGACCUCUUGGAUCCCCAGGAGAGGAUGGAGACAAGGGAGAGAUCGGAGAGCCAGGCCAGAAGGGAAGCAAAGGAGACAAAGGAGAGCAUGGUCCACCUGGUCCUACUGGUCCCCAAGGCCCAGUCGGAGCGCCUGGUCCUGCUGGAGCUGAUGGAGAGCCCGGUCCCAGAGGUCAGCAGGGUCUGUUUGGCCAGAAGGGAGAUGAAGGAGCCAGAGGAUUCAACGGACCCCCAGGCCCAGUUGGACUGCAGGGAUUGCCUGGUCCCGGCGGUGAGAAGGGAGAAACCGGAGACGUGGGUCAGAUGGGUCCUCCCGGUCCCCCUGGCCCCAGAGGCCCCUCCGGACCCCCAGGAGCUGACGGCCCUCAGGGACCCCCUGGUGGUAUUGGAAACCCCGGUGCUGUUGGAGUGAAGGGUGAUUCGGGUGAAAGCGGAGAGCCUGGUCUUCAGGGAGAACUUGGCGGACCUGGCCCAAGAGGAGAGCGAGGAGAGAAGGGAGAGGGCGGUCCCGCUGGCUCUGCUGGACCCCCCGGCCCUAAAGGUCCCCCUGGAGACGACGGUCCUAAAGGAAGUCCUGGUCCAAGUGGUUUCCCUGGUGAUCCUGGUCCCCCUGGCGAGAUCGGACAGGCUGGUUUAGACGGUCCUCCUGGUGACAAGGGAGACGACGGAGAGGCUGGUCAACCUGGUUCCCCUGGACCCACCGGAGAGUCUGGUCCUUCCGGCCCACCAGGAAAGAGAGGCCCCCAUGGAACAGUUGGACCCGAGGGCAGGCAAGGAGAGAAGGGAGCCAAGGGAGAGUCUGGUCUGGAGGGCCCACAGGGAAAGACAGGCCCAGUUGGUCCUCAGGGAGCACCUGGCAAGCAAGGUUCGGAAGGUCUCAGAGGUAUCCCUGGCCCAGUUGGGGAACAAGGUCUUCCGGGUUCUUCAGGCCCUGACGGACCCCCUGGACCUAUGGGCCCACCAGGAUUACCCGGUUUGAAGGGAGACUCUGGUAUUAAGGGUGAAAAGGGCCACCCUGGUCUUAUCGGUUUGAUCGGGCCCCCAGGUGAGCAGGGAGAAAAGGGUGACAGAGGUCUGCCAGGCCCCCAGGGAACAUCAGGACCCAAAGGAGACAAUGGUAUUGCUGGCCCCUCAGGUCCUCUUGGUCCCCUGGGACCCCCAGGAUUACCUGGUCCUCCUGGACCUAAAGGAGCUAAGGGAUCAUCGGGUCAAACUGGUCCCAAGGGAGAGACCGGUGUUCCUGGACAACCAGGGCCUCCUGGUCCUCCCGGUGAUGUCAUCCACCCGCUGCCCAUGCAGUCGAAUCCCAAGAGGAGCCGCAGGAACAUCGACGCCAGCCAGAUGAUGGACGAGGCCCACGCCGAUGCCAACUACAAGGACUACGACGACGGCAUGGAGGAGAUCUUCGGAUCCCUCAACUCCCUCAAGCUGGAGAUCGAGCAGAUGAAGCACCCGCUGGGAACGCAGGGCAACCCCGCCCGCACCUGCAAGGACCUGCAACUCUGCCACCCCGACUUCCCCGAUGGUGAAUAUUGGAUCGACCCCAACCAGGGUUGCUCGAGGGACUCGUUCAAGGUCCACUGCAAUUUCACAGCAGGAGGAGAGAGCUGCAUCUACCCUGACAAGAAGUCUGAAGGGACUAGGCUCACCUCCUGGGUAAAGGAGAUCCCUGGCUCCUGGUUCAGUGAAUUCAAACGUGGUAAACUGCUCUCGUACGUGGACGCUGAGGGCAACCCCAUCGGCGUGGUCCAGAUGACCUUCCUGCGUCUGCUGAGCGCGGCCGCCCGCCAGAACCUAACCUACAACUGCUACCAGUCGGUGGCCUGGCACGACCAGGACGGGGACUCGUACGACAAGGCCAUCCGCUUCCUGGGGUCCAACGAUGAGGAGAUGUCCUACGACAAUAACCCCUACAUCAGAGCCGUGGUGGACGGCUGUGCGUUGAAAAAGGGCUAUGAAAAGACAGUACUUGAGAUCAACACACCAAAGGUGGAACAGGUGCCUUUUGUUGACAUAAUGUUCAAUGAUUUCGGCGGAGCCACGCAGAAGUUUGGAUUCGAAGUGGGUCCUGUCUGUUUCAUUGGCUAAGACUGUUUACUGAACAAAAUGGAGAAAAUAAAACACCAUAUUUGUUUUGUUAAAAACAAAACACAUGAAAUGAAUAGGACAAUUUUUAUUUGUGUAAAACAUUCUGUGUUCGCUAGCAACAAGUUUAAAUAAAAUACAAAAAUUCAAGAAGAAUACUAGAAUACAUUUCUGUAGGAUUUCGUAAGAAAUAAUAAUAAAAAAAAGAGCAACCUUGCAACCUCAGUGUGCCUUCUCUAUCACAUGCAAGUUUUGAAACUGGAUAAGUUAGAUACUACCGACCCCUAUCUUCACCCCUGACCUGUAUCUCCGACCUGAAACCUCCACCCACUCCCAGUGCACUUGAUGUAGAUCCAGUCUGCCUGUCCAACGCACCCGAGGCAAACCUUUACCUGGAAUUCCACUGCUUUCAGAAGAGUGCCAUGGACUCCAUCCGAUUCGGCAGUUUUCUUCAUUGUUUUGUUUUGAUCAGUUAAAAAAAAAUAUAUAAUAAUAAUCUCCCUCUUAUCCCGCUUUGAAUAUUUUAUUCAUUGCUUCAUUCAUUCAAUCAUUUCGAAAGCUUUGUUUUGUGCAUUAUUGUCUCGCCAUUCUUCUGAAUGGAGCUUAUAUAUAUAAAUAUAUAUAAAUAUUUUUUUGUAUGUUUGUAAGUACUUUCUGUAUAUUUUUCCAGGUAAUGUUGAUUGAUUCUGGCUUCAAAACGUGCAUGUGACCUUUUUAGGAGAUGAUGGUUAUUGGAAUACAUCAAAUUUGCAGAUACUGAAGUGAGGAAUUGAAUAUGUAAAUUGGAGAUUAGAUGAGGAAUGCUUGUCUUGUUGCUGGUUGUGAAGUACACCUAAUUGUAAUUUAAGAACCGAAUGAAAAUAAAAGUUGGAGAAAAAAAACUCUGCAUUACUAUAUGAGAGUUGAUUUGCAGAAAACAAAAUGUGUCAAGAAAAAAAAUACACAAAAACAUUCCUCCUCUUUUUGUGUCCUCCUGAACAAAGUGCCUAUUUUGGUGGCAUUUGGAGAUUUUAUUAACUUAAUAAACCGUCUUUUUACGUCAUUUUCCCCCCAAUACUUCACUAUCUCUGAUCUAUCAACCUAUAUAUGCAACGUGAGAUGUCACAUUUCAAUGAAGCACAAGAAAUCAAGAAUUAGGUGCUAUUUUCUCUCCUCUGUGGUGCUAUGAUAUUUUCUAGUUUGUUAUUUUGAAAAGUACAGUAAUCUGAUGGUGGUGAUGUUAUCCUGUUACCAUGACUACCCGUCCUGCCUCUGACCCUCUUAGCCAUUACCUCUGGCCAAAUAACAUCUUCACUACAUUCUUAUUUAUGUCCAGGGGUGUUUUAAUGCAUGCCAGUUUGCUUCGUAUUCAUUCAUAGAUCAAUGCAGUAUUUUAUUUUAUGUACUUCUCUGCUUCCAAGGCCCACUUAGUAACUACUCUACCAGUGUCUGAUCAUACUGCAACUUACUUAGAAUGUGUUAAUUGAAAUACGAUUGUACUCGAAUGCCAAAUGUGGGUCUAAUUUAUCGAACUUUCUUAGAUGUCUUUAAAAAAGAAAGUAGAAGCGAUACUGCAAUGUUUCCAUAUCAUGGUUCCAAGACUUGGUGCAUUUUGUGAAUGGAUCUCAGUGUUUGGUGUUAUGUGUAAUGGAUCAUCUUUUUCCACUUCGUCAAGCUUUUUCAUGCUUUCCUUUUUCGGGGGUGGGGUGGAGGUGACUGGUUUGGAAGGGGUAACCGUCAAGUAUUCCAAAGCACAUGACCGCGGAACAGUUUGGAAUUGGUAGCUGAAAUCCUCAACUCUCUUACCAAAGGUUUUGUUUAUACAUAGCUUUAAGUUUCUAGAGGGCCAAGAAUCGACUACAUAGUUUGAAAUCCACUAUUUUUGAAAAUGUUCAAAUGUUCAAAUGAUGAUUAAAAUCAGAUGUAUCAUAUAAAAAUAAAACAUCGAAAACAAAUAAAAAAUAAAAUGAAUAAAAGGAAAAAUGUAGUUUAUAGUUCAUCAGAUUAGCCAGUUUAAAGGAAGAAAAGCCAGAUGAAAAGCUUGUUUUUGUAUUGUUGUUUGGGACUUCUGAUUUACCUGUUGGUUUACUUCCUUUAGCCCCUAGUUAUCCCCUUUGUACAAACUAUGCACUCUGCCUGCUUUUUACCACUGCAACAUCACCACUUUUUACUGUCCUGCAUAAGUAGCUUGUUUUUUGUUAAGUUUUACCGUUUUUACCUUCUAGAUAUGUGACUUGAAACAUUUCUGUUAAAAUAGCUGAAUACACUCAUUGAUAAUCGUUUUAAAAUUUUCAUUUCGAUAAAGCAUGCCAAAUUUAAAAUUUGUGCUCUCAAUAAAAGGACAAAACAAUUUUGUAAAUUUUCAGAACCAGCAGUCGAUAAAGUUUUUUAUUUUUGUUUUUUGUUUUACAUUUGUCUGUUCAUUCAUUUGUUUUUACGGUCUUGUCAAACCUGUGUAAGAGAGGAUAGAAGAUGGUGUUUUUGUCAAUAAAUUCAAGUUUACUGUG